CGGGAACCGGGAGUCUGUUGUCAUGGCUACUGAGGACGCCAUCUCCGCGAGCUCUGUGUGAACCAAAUUAAAAUAUUCUCCUGAAAUUCAUCACCAACAACCAGGAUAUUUAACUAAGAGCAAUGUUAAACUGCUGAAAGAGGUGAAGCAAAAGCCAUCCAGAAGAAUCUCCAGAACACACAGAAACAGUUUGCUACAUUUAACAGACAAAUGAAGCCAAGUCCCAACAUGGAGAAACAUCAGCACUCUGUCAAGAGUUUUACUAAACAGAGUGAUCUCAAAAAACACCAGCACAUUCACACAGGAGAGAAACCGUAUUACUGCUCAGACUGUGGGAAGAGUUUUACUAAACAGAGUCAUCUCAAAAUACACCAGCGCAUUCACACAGGAGAUAAACCGUAUCACUGCUCAGACUGUGGGAAGAGUUUUAAUCAUCAGAGUAAUCUCAAAAAUCACCAGCGCAUUCACACAGGAGAGAAACCGUAUCACUGCUCAGACUGUGGGAAGAGUUUUAAUCAUCAGAGUAAUCUCAAAAAUCACCAGCGCAUUCACACAGGAGAGAAACCGUAUCACUGCUCAGACUGUGGGAAGAGUUUUAAUCAUCAGAGUAAUCUCAAACUGCACCAGCGCAUUCACACAGGAGAGAAACCGUAUCACUGCUCAGACUGUGGAAAGAGAUUUACUACACAGAGUCAUCUCAAAAUUCACCAGCACAUUCACACAGGAGAGAAACCAUAUUGCUGCUCAGACUGUGGAAAGAGUUUUAAUCAACAGAAUCAUCUCAAAAAUCACCAGCGCAUUCACACAGGAGAGAAACUGUAUCACUGCUCAGACUGUGGGAAGAGUUUUACUACACAGAGUAAUCUCAAAAAUCACCAGCGCAUUCACACAGGAGAGAAACCGUAUUACUGCUCAGACUGUGGGAAGAGUUUUACUGAACAGAGUAGUUUAAAAAAACACCAGCGCAUUCACACAGGAGAGAAACCGAAUUACUGCUCAGACUGUGGGAAGAGUUUUACUCUACAGAGUACUUUCCAAAUACACCAGCGUAUUCACACAGGAGAGAAACCGUAUUACUGCUCAGACUGUGGGAAGAGUUUUACUCAACAGAGUACUCUCCAAAUACAGCAGCGCAUUCACACAGGAGAGAAACCGUAUCACUGCUCAGACUGUUGGAAGAGUUUUACUCAACAGAGUAAUCUUCGAAAACACCAGCGCAUUCACACAGGAGAGAAACCGUUUUAUUGCUCAGAUUGUGGGAAGAGUUUUACUCAACAGAGUAAACUCAAAAAACACCAGCGCAUUCACACAGGAGAGAAAACUCCAUCUCAGAUCAGUUUGAAGGCAAUUAAAAGUGCAAAUCGUAAGUCUUUUCCACUACCACUAGGCCCAUCUGCAUGAAAGAAGAAGUGAAAACACCAGCUGAGGAACUCCAGAGUGUGUUCCCAAAAGUGAGACCCAGAGCCACAGAGAGAGACGACACUGUUCCGGGUACUGCCGUGUGGACUAGAGGAGCAUCCAGACCCGCAGAGAGGCCAACAAAAUCCUUUCCAGAGGUUAAAUAAAACGCUCCAGCCGUAGUUCCCAUACUGAAAUCAACCCCCUCCAGACUUGUGUAGCGCAGUAAGGUUGCAGGCUCAUUCAUUCCCUCUGAUGGUGUUCUCAUUUGUCUAUGGUUCGUUCUGAUUAAAAAUCUGUAACCAUAGAGGGAUAUAGAUGGAUAU